AUGGAAAUAGAAAACCAUGACUGGCUCCCCACUGCAGGCGGGGAAGAGGGUAAAUCCAAGGAGAUCCCUUCCAAUCUUGCUCCACCGCAAGAGGGAUCUCGCCGUCGAGCCGACACUAUGUCUUCUGUUAGAUCUUAUAUGGGCCUUAAACCGGAAGCACCAAUCGAUGAGGAGCAUGAGCAUCUUGAGCAUCACGAGUUGUUGUGGAGUCGGACUCGACUAGCCCUUAGAGAACCCUUUGCCGAGUUCUUUGGGACAUUCAUCAUGGUGCUCUUUGGGGAUGGCUCCGUGGCUCAAGUGCUGUUGAGCGCCAGUAAUACUACCAGUACCAUAGCACCAGGGGGAAAUGGCUAUGGGAGUUAUCAGUCAAUAUCUUGGGGAUGGGGCAUAGGGGUAAUGCUAGGCAUUUAUGUUGCAGGUGAUUCCGGAGGUUUCUUGAAUCCUGCAAUCACUUUUUGCUUUUGUCUUUACCGCGGCCUCCCCUGGCGCCGGUUCCCUAUUUAUUUCCUUGCUCAGUUCCUAGGCGGAUUCGUUGGUGCAGGGGUCAUCUACGCAAAUUAUAUUAACGCUAUCAACAACUACGAAGGCCAUAACAUUAGGACCGUUCCACCCUCCAAGACUGCCACUGGCGGGGUGUUCUGUACAUACCCUCAGGCUUUCCUAACGAAGACAAGCCAAUUUUUCUCGGAAUUUAUUACGGCUACCAUUCUUAUGUUUGUCAUCUUUGCCCUCAAGGAUGAAUCGAACCGCGGAGCGAUGGGCAAGACCGGAGCUGGUCCAUUCUUUCCCCUUGCCUUAUUUUUCUUGAUCUUUGGUCUGGGUGCAUGUUUUGGCUUCGAGACCGGCUAUGCCAUCAAUCUAGCACGUGAUUUUGGCCCCCGAUUGAUGUCUUAUGCCGUUGGUUAUGGUCACGAGGUUUGGUCCGCGGGAGGAUAUUACUUCUGGAUUCCCGUACGUACACUUCGUAGAAGACCUUCCUCUUUGAUGGUCGCCUCGUUCCUCGGUUGCACGUUCGGUGGAUUCCUCUACGAUUUAUUCAUUUACACCGGACCGGAAAGCCCCAUCAAUACCCCGUGGAUGGGGCUCAAGCAAUUGACUCAGCCACAGAAUUUGAUCAGACAGAAAGAGAAGUCCGCCGUAUAA